AUGGAGUCCAAUGAUGUUGAAGAGGAGGAAUUUGGUUUCUCAAGAAACUACUUUUUGGCAAAAGAACUCGGCGGCUCUGGAAAGAAAUCUGCGCGCAAACUUUCCGGCAUCAAUCUCGUCGACGAGCCGGAACUAAGAGAAGCAUAUGCUAACAUUAAGCCAAAACACGAGAAAGAAAUCGAUGAUUUGCUACGGAGUUAUAAGAAUUCAUACUCAGAAUGGGCUACUGUAUUGCGGUGUGGUUUUGGGCUAUUAAUGUAUGGUUUCGGGUCAAAGAAGGCAUUAUUGGAAGAUUUUGCUGCGAACGCCUUGACUGAUUAUUCUGUCGUUGUGAUCAAUGGAUAUCUCCAGUCAAUCAAUCUUAAGCAGGUUGCAAUUACUUUAGCCGAGCUCUUGUGGGAACAACUUAAAAUGAAGCAGAAAAGUGGCUCCUUGAUUAAAAAUCAGCCCUUUAACACUCGAUCAAUGGAUGAUCUUAUUUUGUUCCUCGAUGGGCCACAUUUGGAGGAUGAGUGCUUUGUCUGCAUCUUGGUCAACAACAUUGAUGGGCCUGGCCUGCGUGAUUCAGAGGCCCAACAAUAUCUUGCCAGGCUAGCUGCUUGUUCUCAUAUACUCAUGGUGGCCUCCAUCGAUCAUGUGAAUGCACCUCUUUUAUGGGACAAAAAAAUGGUUCACACUCAGUUUAAUUGGUACUGGUACCAUGUUCCGACAUACGCACCUUACAAGAUAGAAGGAAUGUUCUUUCCUCUUGUUCUCACUCACACUGGCAGUGCACAAAAUGUGAAAACAGCUUCAAUAGUUCUGCAGAGUUUGACGCCAAAUGCUCAAAGCGUUUUUAAACUUCUUGUGGAUCAUCAGCUUGCCCAUCCUGAUGAAGAAGGCAAGUGGCUACAUUUUAAUCUGAGAUUCUGA